GCAAUCUUGGUCACUGCCGGCGUUACAAAUUACAACAUUGUGUUAGAUUACUUUGAUUUGUUGGUCUGUGCUUCUAAUUAUUUGUUUCGAAGUUUAUAAAAGGUUUGGGUGUUAACAUUAAGUCCCAUAGUUUCCGAUACACCCAUACGGGGCAAUUUAUUGUGGAAACGGGACUGAGUCAGUGACUCUUUCUCACAAUGCCCCUCUUAGAAGAAGGAACUAAAGAUAUGGCGGAUAAGAAGAAGGAGAAUGAGCCAGAAGGUGAAGAAGAGUUCUCUGUGGAGAAGGUGCUUGAUCGCCGUGUGAGGAACGGAAAGGUGGAGUACUAUCUAAAAUGGAAAGGUUACAGUGAUGAGGACAACACAUGGGAGCCAGAAGAAAACUUGGAUUGUCCAGAUCUUAUACAGGCUUUUGAAGAAGCUAGGAAAAAGAAAGAGGCUGAGGGAAAAAGUAUAAAGGUUGACAAGGAUGCGAAAAAACGUAAAUCGGCAGCGACGCCAGACCUUAAAGGUGCUAAAAAAAUAAAAAGUGACGACAAAAAGACUUCAGGCUUUGAUCGUGGUUUGGAACCAGAGAAAAUUAUUGGUGCCACAGACAGCAGUGGCGAGUUAAUGUUCCUAAUGAAGUGGCAAGGCACGGAUGAAGCUGACUUGGUGCCAGCAAAACAAGCCAACGUCCGGUGUCCGCAGGUCGUCAUACAGUUCUAUGAGGAGAGGCUCACAUGGCACACGCCCGCACCCGAUGAGGCGGCAAACGAGGACUAGGGCUUUGUGCAGUGAUUUUAAUUGUAAACUCGGGAUCCAUUGGUUAUGGAUGAUCACAAUGAUUCCAAUUUAGCCAUAAAAGAAUUUCAAAUGUGUUUGAAUGGUACUUUUUCGCAAUAAGAUUAGAUUGUAAAGAGUUUCAUCUAUAAUUUUUCUAAUAGAUUUUUUAUUAGUGUUUGUAUUUGGUUUGACAAUUUAGUAAAACAAUCAUUCUUACUUAUGAGGCAGUAACUAUUUAAAACUAAGGACACUGCUAAUAGGCUGGAUGAUUGGCUGCGCCUAGUUUCAUUUGAUAAUACAUUUUCCAAUACUAGUUAACUUUAAGAAACAUAGAUCUUAAUAAUAUUAUUAGCAGAUUCAAUCUUGUAGAUGAAUUUUAUAAAGAACUGUUUCUUACUAGAUUCAGUUGAUUGUUGAUUGUAUAUUACAACUUGGUUGUGACAGUGCAAGGCGUCGUAAUCAAGAUUUAAGUUUUGAGUAUAUGACAAAGAUGGAAUGCUUGACUGUGGACUGUAUCGCCCAUUAUACUGUAUUGUUGAAACAAAAUAGCAACUGCUUUACAGUUUUUAUCAGUUUUACUUGAUGUUUAUGUUUAACUUUUACACCUUGAUUGUUUUAGGGUUGAUUUUCAAUCAUCAGGGAAAUUAUAUCGCGUCUCUCGUUGGUCAAGUAAUAAACUUUGGUUAAUUUCAAUCUAUAUCUUAUUGAUAUUGAUUCCCAACUGGAGAUAAGUAUCAAACACGAUACCUCCUUUUUGUAGUCUGAUAGACUGAACUGACGAUUGAGAUCAUCCCAUAAGAAAAUAUACAAAAUAAUAUACAUUUUUGUAAGUGCAAUGGCAUGACAUACAAUAAAUGUUGUAAAAAAAUUAUAUUGUUUUGUGCAAUCAUUCCUUAAUGUAUUUGAUUUUAAUUAUUUUGUGUUCAAGCAUAUACUUACAAAAUGUUCUAAAAAUUUAAAUAUUCAUUCACAACAUAGUAUUGUAUCAUUAAUUUGUGAAUUCAUUGCGUUAUAAAUUGGUGAAGGUCCUUUGGCUUGUAAAUUGGAAAUACGUAAUGUAAGGUAAUGUAAGCAAAAGCUGUUCGCAGAGCAAGAGCUUAGUUAAGCUUAUCCUGAAUAGCUAAAGUAACAAUUAUUCAUACUUAUGUGCAGGCUGUAAACUGUAAUAAGUGUAAAAAAUAACCUCAGCUAUGCGAGAUAAGUAAAAAUAACUUAACUCUUAGUCUGCAGCUGACUUAAAAGUAAAAAAAAAUAUUAAGUAUACAUACAGUCAAACUACUGUUUUAGUUGCAGUCCCUGUGUUUUUCUUUGAAGUAUAGACUCUUGAAACAUGUUUUUCAAGGAUCAAGUUAGUUUGUCUGAAUGAGUUUUUACAUGACCCUGUAGAUUCUUUAUCUAUACACAUAGGCGAUCUAAUUAAAAAUGAUGAAUACAUUAAAUAAUCGUUAGUUGUAAAUGUACAGGCAAUAAAAUAAGUUUGCCAUUAA